AGCAUCUCAUUCCUGUCUCAAUAUGUCUCAAGAUGGCGGCCAAUGCAGGAUCGAUGUUUCAAUAUUGGAAGCGCUUUGACUUACAACAACUACAGAAAGAACUCGAUGCCACCGCCACACAGCUCGCCAACAGACAGGACGAGAGCGACCAGUCCAGGAAGAAGCUCAUCGACCUUAGCCGCGAGUUCAAGAAGAACACACCAGAGGACUUUAGGAAACAAGUCGCCCCUUUGCUCAAGAGCUUCCAAGGAGAGAUCGACGCCCUCAGUAAGAGGAGUAAAGAAGCAGAGGCCGCCUUCUUAAACGUGUACAAGAAAAUAAUCGAUGUCCCAGAUCCCGUACCUGUGCUGGAGCUGGCUCAGCAGCUGCAGCUGAAGCUCCAGAGGAUGCACGACAUUGAGAUGGAGAACACCAAACUUCGAGAGACACUGGAGGACUACAACAAAGAGUUUGCAGAGGUCAAAAACCAAGAGGUGACCAUCAAGGCCUUGAAGGAAAAGAUCCGCGAGUAUGAGCAGUCGCUGAAGAACCAAGCUGAGAACCUGGCACAAGAAACGCAAAUCCAGUUACACAACGACUAUGCAGAGAAAGAGAGGAAACUACAGGAGAGCCAAGAUUCCAUGUCGUCACGGUUGGAAGAGGCCGAGCACAAGUCCCAGUCCCUCCAGACAGUACUUGAAACGACUCAGGCCGAGCUCUUUGAUUUGAAGGCAAAAUAUGACGAGGAAUCCUCAGCAAAGGCCGACGAGAUUGAGAUGGUGAUGACAGACCUUGAAAGAGCCAAUCAGCGAGCUGAGGUGGCGCAAAGAGAGGCUGAGUCACUGCGGGAACAGCUGUCCUUGAGGACCCAAUCCCAGCAGGCCGGCAGCCCGUCCAGCAAGGCCAACCUCGACACGGAGCAGGCUGUGGAGGUGUCAUCCCACUCGAGCCUGGAGGCGGAGCUCAGGGCCAAAGAAAGGGAGAGUGCACAGCUGGUGGAGGACGUCCAGAGACUGCAGGCCAGCCUGACCAAACUCCGAGAGACCACCAGCACCCAGAUCACACAGCUGGAGCAGCAGCUCAGCAGCAAGGCCGCCAUUCUCAAUGAACUUGAGGAGAAGCUUGUGAAGCAAGCAGACUAUGAGGAGGUGAAGAAAGAGUUGGGUAUUCUGAAGUCAGUCGAGUUUGGAACAUCAGACUCCAUGCAGGAUUCAUCCAAACCUCUGGAGGUGCUGUUGCUAGAGAGGAACCGUAGUCUUCAAUCUGAGAGCGCCGCACUGCGCAUAGCCAACGCCGAGCUCAGUGGGCCAGCCGGGCGGAAAGGGACAGAAGAGUCAGCACCCAAGGAGGAAACCGGCGACCACGCUUCUUCGCCCCCUCCUCCCCCUCCAUCUCUUCCUUCCUCCGCGCAGCCUCCCCUGUCUCGCACUCACAUGGAUACCCUCAACACUGUCCCCACAACCACCACCAGCAGCAGCGGGGAAACACACCCCUUCACUCCCACGGGCAUUGGACAGGACUUCUACUCUCCGGUUUUCCCGCUAGUGGGUGGCAAGAUGGCUUUGAACUCAUUGAUCCAGCGACAGCUUCUGCAGACCUUCUACUCCAAAGCCUUGCAGGAGUCGUCUGGGAUCCCCAGCGGAGCUCUGCUGUUCACCCCUUUCACGCCAACUCUCAGCUCCAUCCCUACCUCCACCCCCGGCUGCGGUUCCGCCGCUAUCCCGCUGGCAGCCAGCAGCCCCCAGCCGCCCCCGGCCAGCCCGGACAUGGCCCCCGUUAAUGGGAGCAGCACCGCCGGCAGUGCCCCUUCGCCGUCCCCGAGCCACUCAGACGCCACCACAGGGAGCGUUUUGGAUGGCGAGGACAUGGAUACGGCGGAAAUCGCCCGGCAAGUGAAAGAGCAGCUGAUCAAGCACAACAUCGGUCAGCGUGUGUUCGGCCACUACGUGCUGGGCCUCUCCCAGGGCUCAGUCAGCGAGAUCCUGGCUCGACCGAAACCGUGGAACAAGCUCACCAUUCGGGGAAAGGAGCCCUUCCACAAGAUGAGGCAGUUCCUGGCUGACGAGCAGAACAUCCUGGCGCUGCGCAGCAUCCAGGGCCGGCAACGAGAGGGCUCAGGCCAGCCCCAGCUUAGCCGAGUGUUUCAGGAUGUUCCGAAGCGGAGAGCCCUCUCCAAUACAACUUCACACACAGGUAACAUCACUGCUCGCGUCCGCACUCAAGAGGCAGGUUCAGAUGAGGCCAUCAAGUCCAUUCUGGAGCAGGCCAAAAGAGAGCUGCAGGUGCAGAAAGCCGAUUUGUCGCAUGCGCAACCCUCGUACGCAGGCCUGAAAGGAGGGGGCGGAAGCGGACUCGGAGGCGGAGGGGGGGGCAGCGGGUCAGACGAGGCCAUCCGCUCCAUCCUGGAGCAAGCUCGGCGGGAGAUGGAGGCCCAGCAGGCUGCGCUGGAACCCAUCCUCAAAGCUUCUUCUUCCGCAUCGUCCCUACUGUCUCAGAGGGACCAAAUGAGUUCGCCGCUCACUGCUCCCCUCCCUCCUUACAAUCCCCUGGCUCUCUCCCUCAAGAAGCCUCCCAGCUCCCUGCUGUUGUCGCCCUCCUCCCCGUCCCCAGUGCUGGACUUCAGCUCUGGCAUCAAGAGGGAGGGCAGGCCCUCUUCGGGGAUCGACAUGUCAUCGGACGGUGCUCUCAGGCAGGGUCGGAGCUCCGAGGGCUCGAUACGCUCCGGGACUGCGGCGGGCGGGGUGGGUUACUGGAGAGAGCAGUGGUGGAGCAGCAUGCACACGGACCCCCGCAGGUCUUCAGCAGGAGAUGAGAACUACAACCAGGAAGACUCCAAAGAGGGAAUACUGAGUGACAGUCUGUCUCGAAACAAGCCGUGGAACAAGUUGAACCAGAGGAACCGGGAGCCGUACCUGCGCAUGCAACCGUGGCUCAAUGGAGACCAGGGGCAAAACGCACACAUCCAGCAAAGUCAGAACCAAGCAGAAGGUACACCGAAAACAUCGGCGAGCUGCAGCCCCGCUCCAGAGUCGCCGCUCAGCUCAGCCGAAGAAUCUGUCAACGGCCUCACCGGUGAUCUGUCGCAGUCGUCCGGGCUCAAGCCCCCCUCCGACGAUCCUUCGUGUGGGGACUCCCAGCCAGGCACCCCUCUGCCGGUACCUGGGCAUUCGAGUUUGAGCAUUCAGGAGAUGGUUGCAAUGUCUCCCGAGCUUGAUACUUAUGCUAUUACCAAGAAGGUGAAGGAGGUGCUGACAGACAACAACCUCGGCCAGCGUCUGUUUGGGGAGACUAUCCUGGGUCUGACACAGGGUUCUGUCUCAGACCUGCUGGCCAGGCCCAAACCGUGGCACAAGCUCAGCCUGAAGGGCAGGGAGCCCUUUGUCCGUAUGCAGCUCUGGCUCCAGGACCCGCACAGCGUGGAGAAACUCAUGGACAUGAAGCGACUGGAAAAGAAAGCCUACAUGAAGAGGAGGCUAAGCUCCUUGAGUGAUGGCCAUUCUGUAGACGGGGGCCUAGUGGGGCCGGACUAUGUGCAGGGCUCUCAGAGUCCGGGGCCGCAGCAGCAACUGAAGAAGCCGAGGGUGGUGCUGGGCCCAGAGGAGAAGGAAGCUCUGAAAAGGGCGUACCAACAGAAACCUUAUCCCUCGCCCAAGACCAUUGAGGAGCUAGCCUCCCAGCUCAACUUGAAGACCAGCACCGUUAUCAACUGGUUUCAUAAUUACAGGUCACGUAUCCGACGAGAACUCUUCAUUGAGGAAAUCCAGGCAGCUGGAGGGGUCGGGCCUGGCAGUGAGGGGGGCUCCCCUUCCCUCCGCGGUUCAAAAUCAGGUGAAGGGGACAGCUGUGAUGGGACCGAAUCGGAGGGCACAGUGGAGGCACGCCAGGUAUUCGGAUCAGGCCUGGAGGAUCACAGGGGGUCGUAUAAAGACCACGACAUGGAGGCCGAUUCUGAGGCGGGGGCCUCUAAUAAUUCCCCUUCCCAGAUAGACUGCAUCCCGCCGAGCUCUAGCUGCGGGCCGGGCGGACUCGGGCUCUUUAGCCUCACGGAGGCAUCCCCCGGCAGCUCCGCCUCGAGUACAAAUAUCCCGGCCUCCGGUCCGGCAAGAAACCCCAGGGACAACAAUCUGCGCAAGAAGAAAGCAGCCAACCUCAAUAACAUCAUCCACCGGCUGGAGAAGGCCGCUAGCAAAGAGGACCCCUCAGAGUGGGAGUUCUAGCCCUCCCCCACUCUGAGCAUCCUUCGCCCCUCUUGUCUCAUAACCUCACCACCUCUAACCUUGGACCCCUCCUCCUCUGUUCCCGUUGGAGAAUGGACACAGCCAAAGUCAAGCUCAGCAGCCAUUUUUACUACAUAGCUUUCCCAAAAGAGGAAAGCGACAAAGUGUGGUUGAAAAAAAAAACCCUUAAAAAAAGAUUUACUGAAUACCUAGAAGAACAAAAUAACAGAGCUUAAUUGUCUCUCCUGAUGAUUUUUUUUUUUGUAUACUGAGAAAAGCACUUAACCGUCCUGCUGGCCUCUGGCCCUGCUGUACCUCCCCCACCCCCGCCCACCUCCCUGCCCCCCCCCAUAUCACCAGCCACUGGUGCACCAGACUGGUUAGUCCUGAGCUGGGGUUUGACCCGCGGCCGGGCAGCGAAACCUCGACUGGGUAAAGACAGGCGAGGCCUGUCACAGCAGCUGUUCCAGUGAUACACACUGCUCGAUGAUAAAUAAGAGACAGGAAUUCUCAAUUUCUUCAAGGAGAUAUUUUUUCCGCUCUUCUUCUCACCUCCCAAGUGUCCACAAACCUCCCCUCACUCAGUGAGACGCCUCAUUUUUCACACUGUAGAGUGACUGUUACAAACCCUUUGCCUUUUUCACUCACUUGCGUGUGUCUGUGUCUGUGCGUGUGUUUGUGCGCGUGUGUUUUUUUUUGUGUGUUUAGGGGUUGAGUCAGUGUGUGCCCGUACGAGUGUGUUGUCGCUUCUGAAUGGCGACGCAUUUUGUUUUUGUAUUUCACUCCUACACACUUAAAGAGGGUAACACACCUGAGCUGCCAUGGUUAUUGAUGUACGAACUUUGACCUGUUGUGUACCCCGUUCUCCUAUCUCUAUCCUGCUGACAGCCAUGUGAUGGCCAGGAGGAUCACGUAAUAAUUCCUUGCAAACACACACUCAUCUGGAAAGAAAGGAGAGAAGGAACCCUGAGGUCCUUCUUGAUGGAUGAAGGACCCACCUCAUUCUUUUUUUUUUUUUUUUUAAUUCAUAUUGCAAUUUGGUUGCCGAUAAGAGAUUGCACAGUCUUCUGACUCUAAAGAUAACAAAAUAGGGAAUUUUAGGAAGGAAUUUAAUUAGUACAAAAUAAGCAGACAAUAAGAAUAACAAAUUACUGUUGUUUUUUUUUUUUCUUGAAAAAAAAAAAAGAAAGAAAAUUAGGAUGGAAUAAUGUUGCAUUGUCAAACACGAUACGAUGACUUCACGUAGUACUGUAGCUGAUACUUGUCUCUUGCUUGAAGUUUUUUUUUUUUCCUCCUCAUUGGUAGGUUGUGCACGUCACAGUUUUGACCCACCACUGGAUCUGUGUGUGUGCGCGCGUGCACGCGCUCGCCACCAGCUAAUUUCCUGUUCACAAACACACAUCUUUUUAUAGGCCAAAUCAGGAAGUGCGUGUGUGCGCGUGCGUGUGCGUGUGUGUAUGUGUGUGUACACUGGCCUGCAUGUCAGUCAGGGUCGAGGUCAAUUCACUCAGAGUUCAAUAUACAAAUGUUAGGUUAUCAAGCUCCUGAUGAUAGGAUGUAUUGUUUUUGUUGUUGUGUUGGUUUGUUUGUUUUUUGCAAUGUACAGUACUUUUUAGUUCAAAAGUGAGUUCACUCCAACCCUGGUAUGAGUAGUUACACUCUCUUCCAGUCUUUCUUGCAUCCAGGGACUCUUUUUGUCCACAUUCAAUUCUACUGUAUACACUACAAAUUUAAAGGCAUAUCACCUUGUCCUCUUCCCACACAAGCCCUCAGUGCCUGUCAGCCCACUGCCUCCCCUUUGUGUGUGUGUGUGUGUGUGUGUGUGUGUGUGUGUGUGUGAGUGUGUGUGAGUGUGUGGUGUUUUUGUAUUUCGUACCUACUUGCACACACUACGAGUGCACAACUGACACCCUUCUUUUUAAGCUGUUUGAUGCGUUACCAUUACAUUAAUCUUCUCACCACGUAGUUUAAUAUGAUGAUUUACUGUAGCUCGGUUUUAUUGCUUUUUCUUUUAUGGGUUGUUUUUUUUUUUUGCAUUUAGUUUUGAUUUUUAUUCUGCUUAUUUAUAGGUGCUGUAAUUUUUCAUUUAAUGUCUUAUCAUUUGGGUUGACUAUUUUGUAAGGGAUUAUACUGUUCCUGAGGGCAAGUAACAUUUUUACUAGACGUUAUAGACUGCCGGCAGUAUUGGUUAAUAUUUACAGAGACGUACUAGUUCUCAUUUGUUUGUAUAUUCAUGAAUCCCAAAUGUUUAGUGUCAUUUCAAUACCUUUUUGAGUCAUGCGUUUGCCACGCUUCGCACCCCCCCUCGCCAAGCUUUUAUGAACAGCAGCCCUAAAAUGGCAAGCCCGAGAAUCCCCCAAAACAUAUCAAGAUGAUUGACUCGCAUAUCUCUUUCUGUUUUUUACUUGACUGUCGUUUUUGCGGCCGUAUCUCGGACAAGCUCGUCUCUCGCUAGAAUUCAUUCCCCUCUUUCAUCGCUAUGAACUUGAUGAUCAGGUCCCAAGUGUAUACUUGUUGUCAAAUAGGUCAAAUGAAAUCACCCGAAGAUGAGAAUGCAUUUUGAAAAGAGGUCAUAUCUGCCAAAUUGAGAUUAGACAAGUUCUACCAGCUAGCAGGUGUCUGAGGCCACACAGAAGAGCCAGCCUAUGAUUAUGCAGAAAAUUAAUCUAUAGCAGUCCGUACAGCAAAGCACUUAUUAGGACAGGGUCUAUAAAACACUACACCGGAGUUACCAUCCCAGGCUCCUGGGAAAUCGAUGCCUUUUAUUUGUGGAAGUGUUUG